AGCCUCCAGCUCAGUUUUGACACCAGCAGUCUGCCGAGCCGCUCCGCCGCCGCGACAAACUCCUCAAGCUUGUGACAACCAUGUUGGGGGUGUGUCUGAGGCUUGCUUUGCUCCUCCCCCUGGCCUGCUGUGUGCCCUCCUCCUCCAAACCUCCUCCCCGAAUGUGCAGGCGGUGCUGCGACCACCUUGAGCCACCGGCAGCCUCGACCCAGUACCAGAUGCCCGAGGUCCGCACCGUCAUCAACAUGACCAUCCUCAAAGGUGAUAAAGGAGACCGUGGGGACAAAGGUACGCCUGGCAAGCCAGGUCUGGAAGGCCCCCCCGGUCACCGAGGACCCCUGGGCCCCAAAGGCAGCAAGGGCCAGGCGGGCGCCCCGGGGGACCCCUGCAAGAUCCCGCACUCCUCCUUCUCGGUGGGACGCCGCAAAUCCCUGCACAGCGUGGACUACUACCAGGCGCUGGUUUUCGACACGGUGUUCGUCAACCUGCACGAGCACUUCAACAUGUUCAAGGGCAAGUUCUACUGCUACGUGCCGGGCGUCUACUUCUUCAACGUCAACAUACACACCUGGAACUUCAAGGAGACCUACCUGCACCUGAUGCACAACAACAAGGAGCAGGUGAUCCUGUACGCCCAGCCGAGCGAGAGGUCCAUCAUGCAGAGCCAGAGCGUCAUGCUGAACCUGGAUCUCAACGACGAGGUCUGGGUGCGGCUCUACAAGAGGGAGAGGGAGAACGCCGUUUACAGCGAUGACGUGGAUGUUUACAUCACCUUCAACGGAUACCUGGUGGCCCCCAGCGUCCAGUGAGAGCAGGACGGAGGCGAGACGGGAGGAUCUCCGGGUCGGAUUAUUUGGUUCUUUUGCUGUGGAGAUCGGAUGCGCCGACAACGGAGGGGAAAAUGGGGGACACUGAAAGUUUGGUGCUAAAUAAACAUUCCUUUUAGCGAAGACAGAGGAGACUUAAAAAAUAGUUUUCUUCAAUGAGGACUGCUCAACCUGAAAAUGUCAAAUCAAAAGGGACUAAUCCAAAAGAAAAACAUAUAGCCGCACAACCUAGAUUGAGGAAAAUCCAUUAAAUUACUUCCUUUGCACUGUAGUUUGACCUCAGUGCAAAGAAAGUAAAUCAUUCUCUCCCACGUGUGCUACUCUUUUCACCUCAAGUAUUAUAUUUUUUUCAGGGACUUUGUGCAAAAACAAAAGCCAUAUCACUUAUCAGGAAUCAUAAGGCUGUGCAAUAAAUUCUCGAUUUUUGUCUUAAAGGUGCUUAGAAGAGAAAGAAUGCAGUUUCUGCCAGGUUAAAUAGAUGGCUGUCAUAUCCUUCAGAAACCCUGAGUGCCUUUUAGCAGAGCAUUUGCUUAAAAGAUACUACAUCCAGACAUGUCAAAAUGAAAACAUAUGGUGCUUUAUUAUCAGAUGCAAUCCUGCAUUAUUGUAUGUUGAUGAUUGAGUGUCGUGUCUUCUUACAGAGACUUCAAACUGCAGAGCAGUUGGAUUUAUGUAAAUAGCUGUACAGGAGUCGUCUUGCUA